UCUGAAAUUAAAAUGGCUGCCUCCGUAAACAACGAUUUGAUUGAAAGCGAUUUGCCCAAAGCAGUUGAGCUGCUGAAUAAUCUCACAGAGCAGGUGGCUUCAGUCACAAGUCAUGUCCAGGGGAUCCUGGCUAAAGUCAAAGAUGGAGCCUUUAAAACCUCACAGGGUUUAUCUUUCCUGGACCUCCGGUACCACCUGCUGCUCUUCUACCUGCAGGACCUCACUCACCUGAUCAGCAUCAAGACGGAAGGAGGCCGAAUCAAAGAGAGCGAGGCUCUGGACAGAGUGGUCACCAUCAGAACUGUUUUGGAGAAAAUGCGACCUUUAGACCACAAACUGAAGUAUCAGAUUGAUAAGCUGGUGCGGACCGCUGUGACCGGCAGUUUAGCUGAGAACGACCCGCUGCAGCUGCGUCCCAACCCUGGAAAUCUCAUCAGCAAACUGAGUGAUUCUGAGGAGUCUGAAGAUGAAGACAAGAACAAAGACGAUUCGGAGAAGAAAGCAGCUCCCUCUAGUGGCAGGAAAUAUAUACCACCCAAGAUUGCCCCAAUGCAUUAUGACGGAGACGUGACGGAGGCCGACAGGAAGAAGAUGCAGGCGGAGCGGCAGCGGCGAGCCGCUCUCCGGAGCUCGGUGAUCCAGGAGCUGAGGCAGCAGUACAGCGACGCCCCCGAGGAGAUCCGGGAGCGGCGGGACUUCCAGAGCGAGCGCGAGAGCCGCGAGGAGCUCCACAGGAAAAACUACGAGGAGUCGAUGAUGGUGCGUCUGAACAUGCCGAAGCAUCAGAAGAACUCCAAGAAGAGAGGCAUGAUGGCCAUGUCGGGCCAGCUGAGCGGCAUCACACACUUCAGCGACAUCUCGGCUCUGACGGGCGGCGAGGGCGCACCGGAAGGAGACGGUCGACCCAGGAAGAAGAAGAAAGUCAUGAAGAAGAAAACCAAAAGAAAGGCCUUCAAGAAACACAAAUAAAUCACAAGAUGAGGAUUUCCUACAACAAGCUUUUUUUUUUUUUUUUGAGA